AUGGCGGUGACCGAUGAUGGCUUCGAGGCUCUCCUCGAGCCUUUCUACAACGGGAAGAAGCUCACGGAUCCGAUUUCCACGGCUAGCGACAAAUUCCAGCUGCUCCCUGCGUUUCUGAAGGUGAAAGGUCUUGUGAAGCAGCAUAUUGAUUCGUACAACUUCUUCGUCGAUCAUGAAAUCAAGGAAAUCCUCAAGGCCAACAGGACCGUCAGAAGCGAUGUCACGGGCUCUUUCUUCAUCGAGUUCUUGGACAUCCGGGUUGAGAUGCCCGAUCGUCCAGACUUCAACGAGUUUCGAGUGGUCAAUGAGAUUACCCCCCAUGAAUGUCGGCUACGUGACAUGACCUAUUCCGCCAAGAUUCUCGUGGAUAUCGCCUAUCCUCGAGAAAAGGUGCGGGUUGUCCGCCGCAAUGUUGAGCUUGCCCGCAUGCCUGUCAUGCUUCGAAGCAACAAGUGCCGUCUUUAUGGUGCCAACAACGCGCAGAUGGCGAAGAUGAACGAAUGUCCUCUGGAUCCUGGCGGCUAUUUCAUCGUGAACGGAACGGAGAAGGUCAUCCUUGUCCAGGAACAGCUUAGCAAGAAUCGAGUAAUCGUGGAGGCAGAUGAGAAGAACCACAUCAUCUCUGCUUCGGUAACCAGUUCGACACAUGAGCGUAAAUCCAAGACCUACGUCAUGCUCAAGAAAGAUCGCCUGAACCUUGUACACAACGUUUUGGUAGAGCCGGUCCCCAUCAUCAUUGUCUUGAAAGCGCUUGGUGGUCUUUCGGAUUUCGAGAUCAUGCAGCUCGUUGCUGGCACCGAUGGAAGAUUCCAGGACGACUUUGUCGUCAAUUUUGAGGAGGCGGCGAAGGUCGGAGUAGCCACUCAACAUCAGGCGCUCGACUACAUUGGAGCAAGAGUAAAGAUGGGUGGCAGGAACAAGCCGGGAGGCACAGGUCUGCCGCAACCCAGACGAAGCAAUGUGGAAGAAGGUCUGGACGCUCUCGCGAACAUUAUCAUUGCCCACAUUCCCGUGGAAGGUCUCGACUUCUUCCCGAAAGCCAUCUACAUAGCACUCAUGACGCGACGUGUGCUGAUGGCGCACUACAACCCGAAAUUGGUCGAUGACAGAGAUUUUGUUGGCAACAAGAGAUUGGAGUUGGCCGGUCAGCUUUUGUCUCUGUUAUUUGAAGAUCUGUUCAAGAAAUACUUGACCGACCUCAAAUUUGCGUGCGAUAACAUCCUGAAAAAGAACCACCGCGCAGCAUUCGAUCCUCUACAGCACAUCAGCUCGUUGGGCCGCCACAUCACCGAUGGUAUGAAUCGGGCAAUCCAGACCGGAAACUGGAGCGUGAAGCGUUUCAAGAUGGAAAGGGCUGGUGUUACGCACGUCCUCAGUCGACUGAGUUACAUUGCUGCUCUCGGAAUGAUGACCCGGAUAAGCAGUCAGUUCGAGAAGACACGAAAGGUCAGUGGUCCUCGUGCACUUCAACCAUCGCAGUGGGGUAUGUUGUGCCCCUCGGACACACCUGAGGGUGAGGCCUGUGGUUUGGUCAAGAACCUCGCCUUGAUGACACACAUUACGACAAACAUCGACGAGGAACCCGUCAAGCGAUGGGUCUACACACUGGACUCCGGAGUCGAGCCUCUGCGGUGUUUCUCAGGAGCAGAAAUCCACAAGCCUGGCACAUAUAUUGUACACAUCAACGGUACUCCAUUUGCCCUCACUCGAUUCCCCAAAAGAUUUGCUGCAAAAUUCCGCACCAUGCGUCGCAGAGGAUGGGUUUCUCCCUUCGUCAGUAUCAACGUCAAUACUCAUCUAUCUGCUGUCCAUAUAGCGACAGAUGAGGGCAGAAUUUGCCGGCCUUAUAUCAUUGUGAAGAAUGGAGAAGCCAAGAUCAAGGCGAGCCAUCUGAGAAUGCUGCAGGCUGGAAAGGCUACAUUUGACGAUUUUCUCACUCGAGGAAUUGUCGAGUAUCUCGACGUCAACGAAGAGAACGACUGUCUGGUGGCUCUUUCGGAGAAGGACAUUACGAAGGCAUCGACGCAUGUUGAAAUCGAACCCUUCACAAUCCUAGGAGCAGUCGCAGGUCUGAUUCCCUUCCCUCACCACAACCAGUCACCCAGAAACACCUACCAGUGCGCUAUGGGUAAACAAGCGAUCGGAGCUAUCGCCUAUAACCAGUUCAAUCGCAUCGAUACGCUGUUGUACACCCUUGUAUACCCUCAGCGGCCCAUGGUCAUCUCUAAGACUAUCGAGCUCAUCAACUAUGACAAGCUACCCGCUGGCCAAAACGCCACAGUUGUGGUCAUGUCUUACUCUGGAUAUGAUAUCGAGGAUGCUCUGGUUCUUAACAAGGCAUCGCUAGACCGCGGUUUCGGGAGAUCUCAAGCCUUCCGCAAAUACACCGCGGAGCUCAAUAAGUACCCCAAUGGCACACGCGACCGAAUUGGAGAUAAAGACCCCGCUCAAGCCGACGAUAGGCACGCGGCCUUGACCAGCGAUGGACUCGCGGAUGUAGGCUGGAAACUGAAUAGCGGAAAUGUCCUCAUCAAGAAGGAAAGCCCGACUGACACCACUCCCGGAAUCGGUAAAGAAAGGAGGUCAGAUGAGUAUAGGGAGGCUCCUGUUUCGUUCAAGUUGUACGAUGGUGCAAUUGUUGACAAAGUCAUGGUAACGCAAACAACCUACGAAACACAACUCAUCAAAGUGCAAACGAGACAGACACGACGUCCCGAGUUGGGAGACAAGUUCUCGUCACGCCACGGUCAAAAGGGUGUUGUCGGCAUCAUUGUCGAUCAAGAAGACAUGCCGUUUUCAGACACUGGGCUGUGUCCCGAUAUUAUCAUGAACCCUCACGGUUUCCCCUCCCGUAUGACGGUCGGUAAGCUUCUCGAAUGUCUCACAGGCAAAGCUUCUAUCAUUCGAGGUCGCAAAGAUUUCGGCUACGGUGACGCAUUCCGAUCCCAUCCUUUAGAAGAGAUGAGCAGGAACCUCGUUGAGGCUGGUUUCUCAUGGGAGGGCAAAGAUUACUUCACAUCAGGCAUCACCGGUGAGCCGCUCCAGGCUUAUAUCUUCAACGGGCCCAUCUUCUACCAACGCCUGAAGCACAUGGUGCAAGACAAGAUGCAUUCCCGCUCCAGAGGUCCCAGGGCGAUCCUCACACGGCAGCCCACGGAAGGUCGAUCAAGGGAUGGUGGUCUUCGUCUAGGAGAAAUGGAGCGUGACUGUCUCAUUGCCUAUGGUGCCUCGCAACUCCUUCUGGAACGUCUCAUGAUCAGCUCUGAUGGAACAGACGUCGAUAUUUGCCAGAAAUGUGGGCUUUUCGGUUACAGAGGCUACUGCAGUACGUGCCGCACAAGCCGCGAGGUUGCAAAGAUGACGAUGCCUUACGCUGCCAAACUCCUGGUGCAGGAGCUGAUCAGUAUGAACGUUGGCGUGCGGCUGCAGCUAGAGGACGAGUUCCCUCACCCAAAGUAG